CAGCCCGCGGGCCCGGCCCGCAGCCCGGCCCGGCAGCGCCCGAGGGCAGCCCGGCACCCGCAGGAUUGGAAGCUUGCAAAGGAAUUCACACUGGAUGAAAACCAUUUCCUGAAGCUGGGUCUAUUCCAGGAACUGUAACCCAAAUGUUUCUCUGUCCGUGGAGGAGAUUUCACAUUUGAAGAAACUUCUACUGAAGCCAGUCGUGUCCCAUCACCAUGUUCUGGAAGUUUGAUUUGAACACAACGUCACACGUGGACAAGCUGCUGGACAAGGAGGAUGUGACCCUGGAGGAGCUGAUGGACGAGGAUGACGUCCUGCAGGAAUGCAAGGCCCAGAACCGGCGGCUGCUGGACUUCCUGUGCCAGCAGCACUGCAUGGAGCAGCUGGUCACCCUCAUCACCCACGAGCCCCCCGUGGACAUGGACGAGAAGGUCCGAUUCAAGUAUCCCAACACGGCCUGCGAGCUGCUGACGUCGGAUGUGCCGCAGAUCAACGACAAACUGGGCGGGGACGAGACCCUGCUCAACAUCCUCUAUGACUUCCUGGACCACGAGCCCCCCCUGAACCCCCUCCUUGCCAGCUUCUUCAGCAAGACCAUCGGGAACCUCAUUGCACGGAAAACAGAACAGGUGAUCUCAUUUUUGAGGAAAAAGGACAAGUUCCUGAGCCUGGUGCUAAAGCACAUCGACACCUCUGCCAUGAUGGACCUGCUGCUGCGCCUCAUCAGCUGCGUGGAGCCCACGGCGCUGCGCCAGGACGUGCUCAACUGGCUGAAUGAAGCCAGGAUUAUCCAGAGACUCGUGGAGCUGAUCCAUUCGAGCCAGGAUGAGGAUAGGCAAUCCAACGCUUCCCAGACCCUGUGUGACAUCAUCAGGCUGAGCAGAGACCAGAGCACUCAGCUCCAGGAUGUCCCGGAGCCAGAUCCACUUCUCACAGCACUGGAAUCGCAGGAGUGCGUGGAGCAGCUCCUCAGGAACAUGUUCGACGGGGAGCAGAGCGAGACCUGCAUCGUCAAUGGAACCCAGGUGCUCCUGACGCUGCUGGAAACGCGGCGCUCCGGGGUGGAAGGCCUGAUGGACUCGUACACUCAGGGAUUCGAGAGGUCUUACACUGUCAACAGCAGCAUCUUACACGGCAUCGAGCCCCGGCUCAAGGACUUCCACCAGCUGCUGCUGUGCCCACCCAAGAAACCGGCGAUCCUGACCACGCUGGGGGUGCUGGAGGAGCCGCUGGGGAACGCACGGCUGCACGGCUCGCGGCUGAUCGCGGCGCUGCUGCACGCCAACACGCCCAGCAUCAACCACGAGCUCUGCCGGCUCGGCACCAUGGAGUUGUUACUUGAUUUAUUUUUUAAAUACACGUGGAAUAACUUUUUGCAUUUCCAAGUGGAGCUGUCCAUAGCAGCCAUCCUGUCCCACUCGGUGCACGAGGGGAAGCCCAGCCCGGGGGAGCCGGGCAGCAAAGAGGAGGCUCCGAGCGGGAGCGCGGCCCCGGAGCCCGCGGAGCCCGCGGAGCCCACACAGCCCCCUGCCGGAGGCACCGAGAACGUCAUGGUCACCCACCUGUUUCAGAAGUGCUGCCUGGUGCAGAGGAUAUUGGACGCCUGGGAAGCCAAUGACAAAAUCCAGGCAGAGGGCGGCAGGAGGAGAGGGAACAUGGGGCACCUGACCCGCAUCGCCAACGCCGUGGUGCACAACAUGGAGAAGGGGCCCAUGCAGGCCCAGAUCAGUGACUUCAUCAAAGAGUUGCCUGAGGACUGCAGGGGCAGGUGGGAGAGUUUCGUGGAGGAGACGCUGACGGAGACAAACCGGAGAAACACGGUGGAUUUGGUGAGCACCCACCACCUGCACUCCUCCAGCGAGGAUGAGGACAUUGAAAGUGCUUUUCCCAACGAGCUCACUCUCCAGCAGGCCUUCUCUGAGUACCAGAUCCAGCAGAUGACGGCCAAUUUUGUGGAUCAGUUUGGCUUCAAUGACGAGGAGUUUGCAGACCAGGAUGACAACAUCAACGCUCCCUUUGACCGCAUCGCCGAGAUCAACUUCAACAUCGAUGCUGACGACGACAGCCCCAACGCCUCCCUGUUCGAGGCCUGCUGCAACGAGCGCAUCCAGCAGUUCGACGACAACGAGGAGGAGGAGGAUAUCUGGGAGGAGAAGGACAUCUCCUACGCCACCCAGGUCAAGUCCAGGACACGGUUUGGAGCCUCACAGACGUCAGAGAGCUCCAAGAGUGACCUGGAGAACGGGGACCACGACGGCAGCGUGGACUCGGAGGAGGAGGAGGAGCGGCCACCACCCCCCUCCCCACACAAGAGCAGCACCCCGGAGCAGAAGGACUCAGACUCCUGCCAAGGGGCUGGCUGGACGGCCGUGUUCGAGCCCGCGGGCCCCACGCCGCCCGUGGCCAUGGAUGUGGGCUCCAGCGUGUGGGACUCGGCCGCCCCGCAGAGCAGCGCCCCGGAGGAGAAGGGCUGGGCCAAGUUCACUGACUUCCAGCCUUUCUGCUGCUCCGAGUCCGGCCCUCGCUGCAGCUCCCCCGUGGACACCGAGAGCAGCGGCACCGACAGGACCCCGGCGCAGGGCCAGGACAAGAACUCCAGCACUGCUGCCUCUCCCUGUGUGUGGAACGCGUGUGGGACACGGAAGGCACCGCUGGUGGCCUUGGACAGCAGCUCCUCGGGCAGCUCCGAGAGCGACGACGACGACGACGACAAGGCCAAGGCUGGCACGGAAUCCACGGCCACGGCACAGGAGCCCGGCAAGGACAGGGCAGCUCCCUCCAGUGGCUCCGACGGAAAGGCUCCGGAGACGCUUCCCGUGGCCGACUCCAGUGCCCCCUGUGCCCGGAACAGCGCGGCCACGCACACGGACGGGCACCAGAGAGUGGCCACUGCUGUCACAACUGCCACAGAAACGGCCACGAGAGACAGGAGUGACGAGGCCUUGCCCUGCACUGAAGCCACAUUGAACGGCCCCGCUUGAUGCCGCCGCCGCCCUGGGACGUGUGUGAGCCAGGCCAGGCUGCUCCCUGGUGAUGCAAUUUGUCAAUUCUUUUUUUUUUUUUUUUCAUUUUAAUUUUAUUUUUUAAUAAAUGCUGCAUUGAUGAGAGCGAGCUGGCGUUCAGGACCAGACACGCAGAUCCAACAGCACCGAUCCGUUCGGAAAGACACUCGGCAUUGUCGAAAUGUAGCAUUGAGUUCAGUCCUCACGGGAAUGACGGGCUCUUCCCAAGCCUUCUGCCUGAUUUGAGUUGUCCCCUUCCCCGUGCCCCUGGUUUUUGUUUUGGAUUUGGGGUUCAGUGCUGUUUUCCCAGUGUUAUUGCACACAGUAUUCAGCUUCUCUUGGGAAGGUAGCAGGUCCAGCGGCGGCCGGGGCCAGCGCACAAAUCCCGCAGCCGUGUGACCAAAGUUCCUGAUGGAGCUGUCCUCGGGCAGCCUUUGCACCGCUUUGUAGAGCAAUAAAGCCUUACCAGAAACAUUUCACAGGAGAGGAGGAAUGCCAACACUUCCGUGAGGGGGAGCAGGGAGGGCUUGGAUUGGGUUGGCAGGGCCGAGGCUGGGGUUGUCCCCGGCCGGAGCCAGGGAGUGACACUGAGGCCCAGCUGUCCAGGGAACGGGAUGUCCCUGCCUUCCAGCCCUGCUCCGGCUCUCCAUGGACACGUGGUGGAUCAGGGCAGGGGCUGGGCCGGGGCAGAGGUGACCUCUCCUGCUGAUGUCCGUGCUGGCCACAGAGGACCCUGCCCACGAGGAGGUGACCAGGGGUUUGCUGGCUCUUUGGAGAAUGAAUUAAUGUAUUUGCAAAUGAUGAUGGAAAUCCUUUUUCUGUUUGUUUUGUUCUGUUUUUAAAGUUUUUAAUGGAUGCAGGAACAGCAACACUUUUGCACUUUGUACCUGGUGAUGACAGCAUUGGGGGAGGGCAUGGGAGAGCCCUGGGGGACAUCCGGAUCCCUCAGGGGGGAUGGGAGAGCAGGGCCAGGCGAGGGGAGCACCUGGAGCUGGGAUACGGGAUGUGCCCAGGCUGGAGCUCUGAGCUCACUGCCAGCCCAGCCUGGGGGGCACUUGAGGGGCACUGGGGGGUUGGGCCACCUGGGGCAGCUGAGCUGGAGCCCCCGGCAUGUGGAAUCCUGAAAAAUCCUCCCUUUGGAGCAAAGGCUGGAGCUCGACACGCAGGGAGCCAGACUGCUGCUUUGGGAUGCAUUCCUGAGGGUGGGAAGGACCUCACACUCCCAGCAGGCACAAAUCCCUUGUUUGUGCUGUGGUGUCUGCUGUGGGAUGUACUCAGCUGGGCAGGGAGGGCAGUGGGGGGACCAGGUGUUCCCACUGUGGGGCUGCUCUGCUGGGUCCAAGGGCGCCGUUCCCACAGCCCCGCUCAGCCCUAUGUGCCCAGGUCAGUUCUGCUCGUAGGGAAAGGGCUGGAUCCCUGGAACUGGGGUGCUGAGAUGGCUGGGAUCCUGGAGGUGACUGGGGCUGUGGGCCACUCGUGUGCUGCUGGCAGGGCUGGGCUGUCCCCCAGCCCCAAUUCCUUGGGAAUCGGGUGGUGCAGGGCUCUUGUUCGGGAAGUCUUCACUCGCUGCGUGUAAUUUAAAAUUAAUAAUUUAAAGUUAAUUGCACUGGGUGGGAAAAAAAUCUCACUUUGUGCUUUGCUUCCCCUGCUUGGUGUUCAGGGAUCAAUCCCUCUCCAGCCAGGACUCUCAGACAGGAUCAGUGGCUUUGAGGUCCUGAUUGGAGACACGUUAAAGUCUUAAUUUUCCAAGGAUUGGUGCUAGAGUUCUGCUGGACAUCGGGCAUCCUUGGGGCCCCAGAGCUGAUUCCAUGGAAGCUGAAGGAUCCAUGUGCUGGUACAGCCUGGCUGGAUCCCGGGGGAUGCCAGCGUGCUCUUCCAGCCUGUUCCCUGUGCCUGCCCCAGGGCCAGCUGUGCCCAGAUCCGUGUGGGAUCAGGGGAUGAGGGGAAUGUCCUCGGCAGGCACAGCUGGAUCAUCCUCCCAGCUCAGAUCCCUUCCUGUGGGAGCAGUGCUCUGGGUGGGGUCUGAGGGAUAGGACAGGGCCUGCCCCCCCGAGCUGCUGAGCUUUGGGAGCAGAGAUUCCACCUGGACAGGGAUGGGGCAGCAGUGACCCCACGGUGGCUCCCAGAGACGGGGCUGGCUGUGCCUUCUGCUGCAAUUCCAGCCUGGUAUUCCUCAGCUGUGGCUUUGAGUCCCUGAGUGUCAGUGAGAGCUUUAAUAAUAAUAAUUAUAUUAAUAAUAAUGAUUAUAAUAAUAAUAAUAUCCUUGGACAUAUCCAGAUCCGAACACAGCUCAUUACUGGGGGCUCAUUAGUGGGUUAAUUUAUUACUUAGUGCUGAGACACAUCACUGGGGCUUGGUCAGACCUGUGGAGAUGCACAAGUUCCAUGGGUUGGGUGCCUGUGGAUGAUCCCUCCACAGCUGGGAUUGAGGCUCUCAGUUCAUUCCACCUCUCCACUCCCCUGGAGUUGUUCUUCCCACCAGCCAGGGCCUGAUCCAGACCCAGCUCCUGCUGCUUGGGCUGCCGGGGUUUGCAGCUCUGAACAGAGCCAGAGCUGGUUCCUGGCCUGGCUCCAGUGGUUUUGUGGGGAAACCAGGAAUGGGAAAUCCUUCUGAAGCAGAGCUUCCAGUCCCUCUGGAGACACAGCAGGUGUGGAGGGCUUGGAGUGUCCCACUUGGGGUUUUCCUUCUCCCUGUGCUCCAGGGAAGGGCUUCCCAGGGCUGGAGCAGGAUCUCUUGGCUUCUGAGCAUGGAAUUGCCUGUCCCUGUGUCCCCUCAUCCCCUGGCCCUGCUGGGCUCCGUGCCCAAGUGAUGAAGGCUCCCCCCCAAGUCCUGCUCCAUGCUUCCCUCCUGCCUCGUGCUUGGAGUCUGCCAUGUGCACAGGGUGUCCCUGGGGCUGGGAUUGCCCCUGGGGCUGCUGAGGGUGUGCCUGGACACAGGUCUGUGCCAUUCCAUGGAUACUCAUCCGCACACACUUGCAUCUUGUGAGAAGCCUGGGAAGGGGGCACUGGGACACAGUGAGCUGGGUGUUUAUCUCCAGGGUCAAGACCAAGAGCAGCAAGGCCAGGUUCCUGGGGGAUGGUUCUGGAAUGUUCCGUGCAGUGGCUCUGCCCGCCUGGGCGUUGCUGUGGGGAUCUGGUGAUCCGGCUGUGCCAACUGCUCCACACUGGGAUAGGAGGGGAAAGGGUUCCUGGGCACAGUUAGAGCUAAACCUCAUCCCUUUGGCCAAUCCUGGGUAAUCCCUGGAUCCUGGCACACCUGUCCUGGGCAUGGGAAAACCCCGUGGCUGGGGAGCAUCCCCAUCCAUUGUCACAUCAGGUGCCCCUUCCCAGUGUCCCAGGUCCUGUGGGGCACCUGGCUGCAGAGUGAGGGAGGGGAGCAGGGCUGGAGGGCUGGGAAUCCCAAAUCCCAGUGUGUGUGGGGCUGUGAUCCCAUGGCAGAUGGAGCAUUCCUGGGGCUCAGGACAGGCUGGGGGUUCUGUAACCCCUCAGUCCAGGGUUAUCCAGAGGUGUGUCCAGAAUUCCUGCAUGUCCUGGAGAUUCUCUUCCCACUGCACCCUGACAGGGCAGCCAGCAGGGAAUAUUCCCAUCAUUCCCUCAGCAAUUCCAUAGCCAAAAACUUCCCUAAAACAGAAUCCCCUCUCCUCCUGAGGCAGGCAAAAUCCCGGGUGUCUGUUGGGGUCCUGUGUCCUCAGCAAAGCCCAAGGGAAUUCCCCCAAGUGUCCCAAGGCUUUGCUGUCCCUGGGAUGGAAUCCCAAGGUUUCUCCCCGAGGUUCCAUCAAGAACAUCUCUUUGGAGAGCUGCAGGUGUGCAGGGAAUGGAAACCCUGGGGGGCACAGAUUGGAAAACAAAGAAAAAAAUUACUAAAAAACCCCCAAAAGCCCAGUGUUUCCCUCAGUGUCUGUUCCAAAGGGCUUGGGGAUCCCAGUUCCCAGACUUCCUAGUGAAAGGUUAGGAGUGGACGUGCAGGGACAUUCCCAAAGAACAUAUCUGAAGGAAAUAUCAUUUAAAUUACUUUCUUGUUCUCCAGUGGCAUCCCAGAGUCAUUUUUCCCACACUGGCCAGGGAGCUGUCAUUAAACCCCUGAUUUAUCAGUGGCAAUCCUUGGAGCUCAUCCCUGUGCCAGGCCUUGAAAUCCCAACCCCUCAGGGAUCCCCCUCAUCCUGAGGGGACCUUGCUGCCCCCACUGGGUGGGCUGGGAAUUGAUCUGUUGGGAAAAACAGAAUUGAUCUAUUGGAAAAAGUGGAGUGUGGUGCUUGGUGAAGGGCUCAGGGUGUAUCCUGGGUGUGUCCUGGGUGUAACUGGGGUGUAUCCAGGGUGUAUCCGAGCCGUACCUGUCUUCCUGCAGUUGUGUCACUCAUGGACUGGCUCUGAACUGGUUUAGACUGGGGCUCACUGGGCUUGGUGCUGCCCUGAGAGAAUUCCUGGUCCCCUCCUCGCCAGCUGCACCUGCACGUGUUGGGACUGGGAGCUCCUCCUGCCAGUCCCCAUUCCCACUCUCCUGGCUCUGUACCACAUUUGGGAAGCUGUUCCUGCCGUGGAACAUUCCCCAUUCCUGCUCUCCUGGCUCCGUCCUGUGCUGCUUCCCUGUGCUCUCCUCUGGGGGGACAGGGAUGUGUCCCCCUGGAAUCCUGGCCGUGUCCUCAGGGAAGGGCUGGAGGCUGCCCAGUGUCCCAGGCUGGGACACCUGGGGCCCUUGGAAUGGGGUGUGAUGCUGUGGUGUAUCCGUGGAAACCCGGGGUGGAGGGGUUUCCUUGUGACUGUUCUCCCUUCGACUCAUUACCGGGAUUUUUCCCUUUGCUCUGCCGAGAUUGGAUUUGGGAUUUUGGUGUUCCCAGGCAGGAAUCGGCUCUGGAAUCAGCAGUGUUAAUGAAUAAUUAGUGUGUAAUUACCUGUGUUAGUUAAUGACGUGGCAGUGGCAGGAAUGGUGCCCUUGAAGCAUUGGAACAACCCCAGCAUUCUGUCAGUGAAAGUCUGAGAUCCUUUGGAAGAUGGGUUGGAUCGGUUCCCGUUGGUUUUGUCCUGCAUAAUGUUUCUGACUUCAUCAGGAUUGUUGUUGGGCUUGGGCUGAGAAUGGGAUUUUGGAUCCUGGUUUUUCCCUCUGUGGUGGGAAGUUCCAGCAAACCCAGGAGUUUUCCAGGUGUAUUUAGGGCUGAACUUUGGGACAAGUGGAAAAGGAACAAUUUGUCUCCUCCCCGGUGGCUUUGCUCACCGGAACCUCUCUUACCUCAUCCAGGAAGGGCUUUGUGGUGUCCCAGCUCCCACCUGGAUUUGUACAGAGUUCCUGGUAUUCCGUGGUGGUCCUCACCUCUCCCAGCAGUGGGACAUUCCCAUGGAAACUGUAUUUUUGUAUUUGAUGCUGAUGGGAAGAGAGGGAUUUUCCUCUCUCCCUGAAUUUGGGGCUUUUCUGGAGGGCAGAGCCUUCCCUUCUGUUUUUGAUUCCCUCAAAUUCCUUGGACAGAUGGAAACGAGGGAUAAAUCCUUUCUCCUGUAAUUUUGAUGCUCAGAGGUAGUUUUGCAGAACUCUGUAGGAAUUCUGGGAAUGCUGUAGGGAUUCCCCUGGGGGGCUGGGUUUGGUGCUUUUGUAGUGAGGCCACUGCCAGAGGAUCCCCUUGGCCGGAUCUCAUGGAUCCAAACAUGAGGAUCCCCAGGCACAGCAAACGUUCUUUUCUCCAUGGAAAUGCUUCUCCCACUCUCCUCUUUCCCAAACUGCUGCUGGAGAACCUCGAGUGGCCCCUGGGGUGCUGGGAUUGUGACAGGGAAUUUUGGCUGCUCCGCUCCAGAGCCCAGAGCUGGGCCUGGAGUUCCCUUGUUCUGUGGUCCUUGUGUGCCUUCCAUGUCCUCCUGUGAAUUCCUGGCUCCCUGGACUCGUCUCUGGUCCUUGGAGUCAUCCUUUGUUCCUUGCAGUUCCCUGAUCCUCGCAUCUGUUCCAUGCUCCUUGCAGCUGUUCCCUGGCCCUCGUGCAUUCCCUGCUCCCUGCAGCCAUUCCGUGCUCCUCAGCUCCCUGUUCCCACUCCUGCCAGUGACUUUGCAUGGACACUUCAGCUCUUUCCCUGCUCCUCUCUGUGGUCCCAGGAAUGUUCAAACUCCAAUCUGUGUCUGAUUGGCCAUGGCAGAAUCUGGAAAAAUGGGGAAAAUCCCCUUCCCUUCCCUUCCCUUCCCUUCCUUCCCUUCCCUUCCCUUCCCUUCCUUCCUUCCUUCCCUUCCCUUC